UACCCUCUCCACCGUCACCUAGGGUUUCCGCCGACACCAGCAGCUGCUCCAAAAAGCCCUUCCCUUCGGCAGCCCAAGAAGAAGAAGUAAACAGAAAGAGGCCCCACGGAUGGACGAUAGGUAUGCAUGAAGAAAUCUACAAGUGGCCCCAGCGGAUUUGUCGUCAUGAGCUUGAGUUUGGUGCUUCAACGAGGUAGUCAACUCCGGGCAGGAACAGCGGCGUAUCCAGGACAUAUUAGAGCACUGGGCCGCAUUUCAUUACAAUAUCAAUUAUACACGUCGAUCUUUUAAUAUAGUGAAAUCAUCAAUAAAGGAGUCUACAUCCAUACUAAUCGCAUACUACUCUUUUUCAAAUAAAAUAGCUAACCAAUCGGCGAGAAAUUCAUCGCUCAUUUUGUUGCGCAAAUCAUUUUUCACAUGUUUCAUUGUUGAAAAUGUUAUCCAUAGUAGCUGUUGAAACGGACAAUGUCAACACUAGACAAAUCAAUCGACUCAUCAAUUUGUAUCGUGUAUCCAUCCCUAUUUUCACCACCUGCUCUAGUGCUUUUUUCAAGUGAACAAAUCUCAUACUUCUUUUAGCCUUUUACGUUUUAGACUUUUAGAAUUUUAGGUUUCAUUGUUUGUUUUUCUUUAGACGAGACUCAUUUGAGCUAGAAUUUCUAGAGUAAAUUUAGAGUUAUGAUUUGAAUAUGUUCAUCUUACCCAUUUUCCUAGUUACACGCAAUUUUAUUAUAAAAUAACACUGGGCCAAAUUACUAAAAUUGAUAAAUGCUUAAGGGUUAUACUAGUUCCGGAUCCAGAAGAAGGCUGGUAGGGCCACCCCUGAAUCCGCCAUUGGCAGGGAAGGAGGAGGAUGAGAUGGCUGCGACGAGGUUCAAAAGGAAGAGAAGUGAAGAUAAUACGACGUCGAUGGGUUUGCCUUCCAUGUUAAUAGGGUUGGCACAAUGUUGUCAAGAGGUGGCGUAUGAAAUGAUGAAGAGUAAUAAUCACAAUCGUCUUCCUCCAGCUCCAGGUGCUGGUUGUUGUUCGACCCGGAUCUUGAACCAUUUCCGGCGAUCAGUUCUGCCGCCGUGGCGGGGAACUCAGAUCCCCACUCUAUUUGCGGCACAUCCACGGCGCCGGUGACGGCGGCAACAAUUUUUUUAUUUUAUAUUAUUUAUUUUUUAAUACUUGCAAUGAUAAGGUGGAAAAUUAAAAUAUUUAAUUUUUAUUUGUUUUAUUAUUUUUAAUUGUCAUGUCACACAUUUAACGGUCAACUAUAAGAGUUGACUGUCAUAUAAGCAAAAAUUAACGGAGUUGUACGGAGAGUGACCACACUUAACAUGUUUAACUAAUUUUCGUGACCAUGAAUGGAAUUAAAUAUUUUUAGUGACCAAACAUGAACAUUUUUAGUAAUCAUUCACAGUGACCAACCUUGCAAUAUUGGUCACUAGAAUUACUAAAACAGGUCAUAUUUA